UUGCGCGUGCUCCUCCGUUCAUGAACGUCGACGCUUGCAGAGUGCAGCGCAGUGCAGAGCAGAGCAGAGUAUGCACGAGCCGAAUCGUUUCAGAAUUACACUAGCUGCCGAUUUCACAGACAUCUCGAGUUCUACUAGCAAGAAGAAGUCUAGAAAUAUUAGUAUUUAAAGAAAGUCGAACCGAUUUAAUUUCUCUCACUGUAAUUUAGAAAUAGUGCUAGGUCAUCCUCGAAAAUAGUGCUAGGUAAUUCUUUACCAAAGUAAUAAAGAUACACAUCAUUUGAAGAACAAUGAUGAUGUAUGCUCUCGGGUACUAGCUGUUUCAUCAAACAGACUCCGAGAUUUUCCAGAAUCUUCAGAAAGAUUUACCCUAAUAGUUAUUUAUUAUAGCAUAAGCGCAUAAAGGGCUAGAGAGCAUAAAUUACUUCAAUACAUCUGUCUUCCGAUAAAUGCUUAUAUUUGAUUAAUCUUCAGUAAAGUUUGUUUACUUAAAUACAACAGACCAGAAGUUGCCUUUUCCGUUUAUUAUCGUCCAAUGCUCAUCAAGCAAAGCUCUGAGAUACAUUCAAGCGAACAAAUCAAAUUGCGUGGAAUCUUUUCUUCCUUAAAGGCAUUAUCAUAAAAUAAAAAAAAAGAAUUUGAACCUGCUUUUGCCUUAAUUGCAACAAUAACUCCGUUCUUACUACUGUCUUUAAGCCUGAAAACGGUCUUUCCCAGAAUUCAACCUAGUGGACACCGAUCUUGGAGCUGACUCCAUCAUUUCAUCGUCAUCUGGGUAUACUGGAGAAGCGCUUUGCUAACUUGUUGUUAAACUGAGAAGAAGUGUUAAACUACAAGCGUUAAAGGACAUUCACAACCAUGCAUUCUCGGAGAGCGGUUGCAAGCAUAGGCAGUACGAAAGAAAAACCCAAGUUCGAUAAGACCGGAAGAACCUUGCUGCGGAUUGGACAGGCCAUAAACAUAGCAGUGGAGCGAUUUGUGACAGUAGGGGAAUAUAUAGCGGAAGACAACCCAGAAAUCAAGGUGGACAUGUUCGAAGCCUGUAAAGAUGCUAGAGCUACAGUCUCAUUGAUAGAACAACUUUGUGAGGCCCAGCGAGGAGAUCCAUCCAAUUCACGUCACUUUGUAGAGAAGACCCGGUUAGCGCGAGCAGCUCGAGGAUUACUCUCAUCAAUUACCAGAGUGUUGAUCCUGGCUGAUACAGUUGUUGUCAAGCAACUACUUAGAACCAAAGAUAGGGUGUCGAUAAGCAUGAACAGGCUAGAAAACGUUACCAACUUCACGGAGUUUGUGAAAGCCUUCAGUUUAAUUGGAACAGAAAUGGUUGAACUAGCAUCUGUGAUGGGGGAUAGACAACACGAUGUCAGGGAUGAGCGAAGACGUUCCCAGAUGAAGGUAGCAAGACAAAUUUUACUACGGUCAACAAUGAUGCUCCUAACAUCAUCUAAGGCUUGUCUACGCCAUCCUGACUGUGAAACGGUACGUGAGAAUCGUGACACGGUGUUUUUACAGAUGAGAAGAGCUAUAGAUCUCAUUCACUGUGUUAUAAAAGAUGGUGUUAUUCCAGAUUUGGUAGCCUCCUACCGAGGAAAUACCACUCCUCACAGAAAUGGAAGUAGUACCAGCAAACAAAGCAAACGUUCUAAUGCUUCCGUAUGGCAACUGGAAGAGUUGGACCAAUACUUUACAGUACACAAUGCUGUGAAGAAGUUCGAGGAAUUGGUAGAAAGAAUUAAGAAAACGUUGGCGGUGCCUGCCUUCAGGGAACAACUGUUAAGUGCCUUAGACGCCGUUUUGGAGCGAACUCAAGAUUUCACCGAUUCGGCCUACACUUCCCACGAACACAGAGAAAAUAUUAUCCUUCUAUGUGAGCGAGCUAAAGUUGAAGUAAAUCAAUUGCUGAGGCUGGGGGUCGAAAUGGAUCAAGCAGGUUCUCUUUCACCGAGUGAAGACCUUCAAGUGUCUAUUCAACAUAUUCUGAAAGCAUGCAAGGACUUGAAGAAACAGCUCCAAGAUACAACCCUUGAUCACUCGGAUGAACUUUUCAAAGUGACAAAUGAAGUAGAAUUGAUGAAUCGUUUGAAGAAUGCAGCCGUAACGGGUGACCGGAAUAAAUUAGGAGGAUACGCGGAGAAGUUUAGCGAGCACGUUGACCAUCUUCAGGAGGUUUGCAAAUUGUUACAUCAUGUGGCCAUGAACGAGGCUUUACAAGUGUCUUCCAAGCACGUGGACUAUUGUCUCAAAGUCUACGGAGCCCAGGUCCUGAAUGCCUGCCACACCCUCUACCUGCACCCCACUAGCAAGAUUGCCAGGGAAAACUUUGACGUCUUCUCAGAUAUGUGGCAAUCACUGGUGAAUGACGUAGCAAGCAUAUCUUGUGAUAUUGCCGAGAUGUAUCUUGGAAAAAUCCCUCAGAGGCCGCCGGAAAAACCUCCUGAGAAACAGCCAGAGAAGCUACCUACACCACCAGCUUCUACUUCUCAGACAAAGCCCGUUAAGCAAGUCUCCAUCACCAAACCGACUAAACCUGUAAAGGUAGAAGUGGAGGAAAAAGAAAAAAUUGAAAAAGUUGGCUUGGAGAUGAAAAACCUGACUUCGGAAAUGGACGCAGAAACUGAGAAGCACCUUACGGGAGAAAAUGACAGUGAUAUCGUCCGGAGGGCGCGAGGGAUGUCCCAAAUGGCUUUCUCAGCUUACCAGUUCACGAGGGGAGAAGGCGAACUGAAAACAACACAAGAUCUCUUCACUCAAGCUGAAAUAUUUGCUGAGGAAGCCAAUAAGUUGUAUAAGGACAUACGUCAGUUCUCCUAUCAGGUUCCUGGUGGACCACAGAAAAAAGAUCUUUUGGAAAAUCUUGAUAAAGUUCCAACUUACGUCCAACAACUGCAGUUUACAGUCAGGAGUCCUACCGUCGGAAAAGCAGCAACCUUCACUAAGGUAGACAACGUGAUUCAAGGUACGAAGAACUUAAUGAAUGUCGUUUCUAAAGUAGUCACUACAAGCCUUGUAUGCGCAUCAAAGUUUAACCUCGAAUUCAGAGGGUCUUCCAGUUGGUCCAGAAGUGCCUCCUCUUACCAUGGAGAUCCUGAUGAAUGUGGAUAUGGAGAUGCAACUGGUGGUAUGCCCCCUAGAAGUGGAGGGACUAGCUCUUCUGAUCCGAACAUCUGACAAUUAGGGUUAGGCCCUCGACGGGCCAAAGGAGACUCACGUCGAACUCGGGUGUCUUUCUUCACGCUUCUAGGAGCGAAAAGGAGAGAAUAAUAUAACUCUUGUGCAGGAGAGUAUUGUAAUUCUCGAACUUAGGUGAUGAGCAGGAAAUAUAGGCGCGUGUACUGUUUCUUAUACUUACAAAACACCGAUCCUAAUUAUAUUUAAAGAAAGAAAUUAAGAUGAUUCAGGAGACUACUGUUUUACUUUCCACCUAUGUUUUUCAUUGAUCUUUUAUUUCUAAACAAACAUUCUUAAGCCCCGUUAAUUGAUCCUAUUUAAUCUAUUCACGAAACAAAAGAAAAACCGAAGUAAUUAUUCGUGUGACAUUACAAGAAAUAUUUUCAAUACAGACGAGACAAAGAAAAUUAACACAAAACAAACAUUUCCUAAAGGAAAAUUAGUGAUUAACUCAGUUUGUGGCUGUCUCACUGGCUUAAAGCUUAUUACCGAUAAGCCAGAAUGUAACAUAAAACAGUUACUGUCUCUUCAGUAUAUUAAGUAACUAGAUACUAGAUUUUUCACUUAGAAUUUACCAAUAGGUGUUUCAAUAAACGUGUACAAUUACAAAAAAUGAAAGAAGCUUUAAGUGUUUAAUGAACAAAUAUCUGAUUUUCUAUCGACAGUUGACACGUAGACGUUAAAAAACAUAAAUAUUUAUCCGUAAGUAUCAGACCUAAAAACAGAACAAUCAAAAUAAUUUUUUUGUAAGUUCUUGGUUUGUCAUAAAGGCAUGAAAAAGUUCGUCUGUAAGUGUUUGCCACAAAGGCACAGCACACAGAUAUAAUUGUCUAUAUGUUUUUAUUAUAAGGCCAUAGAGCACAGAUAUGUUGAUCUGUAAGUGUUUGCCAUAAAGGCACAGCACACAUAAAUUUUCACCUGUAAGUGCUUGUCAUAAAGCCAUAGUACACAAAAUAGUGCAUAGAAAUUUUCACCUGUAAGUGCUUGUCUUAAAGCCAUAGUACACAGAAAUGUUGAUAUGUAAGUGCUUGUCAUAAGGCCAUAGUGCACAGAAAUGUUUAUCUGUAAGUGCUUGUCAUAAGGCCAUAGUGCACAGAAAUGUUUAUCUGUAAGUGCUUGUCAUAAGGUCAUAGUGCACAGAAAUGGUCAACUGUAAGUACCUGUCAUAAAACCGUAGUGCACAGAAAUGUUGACCUGUAAGUGCAUGUCAUAAAACCGUAGUGCACAGAAAUGUUGACCUGUAAGUGCAUGUCAUAAAGCCGUAGUGUGCAGAAAUGUUGACCUGUAAGUGCAUGUCAUAAAGCCGUAGUGCACAGAAAUGUUCAUUUCUAAGUGCUUGUGUUAAAGGUAGAAAUGAUUAUAUGCAAGUACUUGUAAUACAGACACAAAGAAUGAAGUAUUUGUUUUUUAUUGCUCAUCAGCCACAAAAUCAUCAUCUGUAGACGUUUAACAUAAAGAAAAAGACCAGAGAUGCGAGUUUGUAAUUUAAGUUUUUUUUAUACAGACACGAUAAACAUAAAUAUUAAUACUCGGUGACUGACACAUGGAUAAAAUAUUUAUCAGCAGAGUUUUAAUAUAUAGUCUUGCAACUGAAGAGCAUCAUUAACAAAGACGUUAUAUAGCUACGUGUACGAUAAUUCUGAAUUAUUUCUGCUGACACUGAUAUAUUUAUCAUGAUGCGUUCGCCAGAUCAGAUUGUAUUUUAAAAUAUACAGUAAACAUUCAAUGUAAUUAUUGACCUCUCUUCCUCUAACAGAAAAGGUGUAUUGAAAACUGUUGAGUAUAAGACAAACCUCUUCAUUUUACACUCCAGUGGGUCAGAUGUAAACUAAAGGGCUUAUAGCGCUACAAAACUUGGUUCGAUCCCGGUUGACAUUUGGAAAUCACUAAGGUACUAAGAUUAGUGGGUGUUGUAACUGGUUGACAGGCAAUAAGUAGAAGGAGCUUCGAUUAAUAAGAAAGAUAGUUUUGCUUUUACAUUCUUUCCCAUCCCUACUUAAUUUGACGUACGCUAGAUUUUUUUGAAGAAUGUUUCUGUUAUAGUGCAAUAAUGUUAUCAGUCACCAUGCUUCUACUAAGUGAAGCUAGUAGAAAACUUACACUCUUUUAAUUAUUGAAGAUGCUUAAUGAUUUUAUUUCCUAUUACUUAAUCGUCUGCAGUUUAAAACAUAUAAUUUCUUACACUUAGUUGUGACUGAAACCUGUACAAAGUAAAGAAUGUUUGCUAACCCUAAAAAUCCAAGAAAUGAAGGAAGGUUGGUAACACUAAACCUCUACUAACCCUAAACCCCUAUAUUAUGAAGAACGUUUACGAAUCCUAAAACCCCAGAGGGUAAAGAAUAGUCAUUGCCAUAAACCAUCUACAAGAUAACGAACGUUUACGAAUCCUAAAACCCCAGAGGGUAAAGAAUAGUCAUUGCCAUAAACCAUCUACAAGAUAACGAACGUUCAAUAAUAUUAAAUCCCUACAAGUUGAAAAAUAUUCACUGACACUAAAUCCCUACAAGAUAACGAAUGUUCAGUUCUACUAAACCCCUACAAGUUGAAAAAUAUUCACUAACACUAAAUCUCUACAAAAUAACGAACGUUCAGUAACACUAAACCCUACACGACGAAAAAUAUUCACUAACACUAAAUCCCUACAAGAUAACGAACGUUCAGUAACACUAAACCCUACAAGUUGAAAAAUAUUCACUAACACUAAAUCCCUACAAGAUAACGAAUGUUCAGUAACACUAAACCUCUACAAGUUGAAAAAUAUUCACCAAUACUAAAUCCCUACAAGACGAAAAAUAUUCACUAACACUAAAUCCCUACAAGAUAACGAACGUCCAGUAACACUAAACCCCUACAAGUUGAAAAAUAUUCACUAACACUAAAUCCUUACAUCAUGAAAUAUGUUUAUUACCCUUACCAACCAUUAGUCCCUACAAGAUGAAGAAUGUUUACUAACCUUAAAUCUACACCUCUACAAGAUGAACAAUGUUUACUAACUCUAAACUUGUAUAAGCUUAAGAAUGUUUACUAACCCUAAAC